UUACUCGUAAAAAAAACUUUCAAUAUAGCAAACAGUCUUAUCCCAAAGGAGCAAAAAACACUCUCCUAAUCUUCACUCCCCUCACCAAAAUGCUCCUUCUUCCCUGCUCGAAGCUCCACACCUCUCUCUGCUUCCACACUCCCAUUCAUGGAGGCACAGCAGCUCCUUUCACCGGCCACCACCCCCUCCGCAACAACAAAAUCUGCUGCGCCAAGAGAACCGGCAAACAGAGAUACCCAUCGGAGAAGAAGAAGCUCAAAACAAAGCACAAACAGGCUCUUCAACCGAGUUCCGACGACAAAAGCAAGUUCGAGGGUACAUGGAGGCUCUCCAACCUCGCCGUACCACUCACUCAAGACCCUGGCAAGGACUCUCUAGAAGUUUCCGAUGGCCUUCUUCAAGAAAUCGCCAAAGUUAUCGAGUUCCCGGUUGCUUCACUGUUGCCGCGAGAAGCUUUCUCUGUUGUGAGGAAGUCCUUUGAUGCUAGGAAGAAAUUGAAGGAGCCUAAAUUUGUGCAUACUGUGGACAUGGAUGUUCAGAAGCUACUUGACCUGGAGCCUCGUUCGUGGGACUUUAUUUCUCGGCUGGAGCCUAAAGUUGGCCUAGUGGAGCAUGUGCUUGAAAGAAAAGAUAUUGGUGAUCUGAUGAGUAUCAUACAUGACUGUAAAGAAAAUAAGGAAGAUGUAGUGAAUGGGGAAAAUGGACAUAGCAUUUUCUCAAGAGAGUUGAAUGGGAACCGGGCUGCCAGAAAGCCGAAGAUUGCAGUAGUGGGUAGUGGGCCUUCUGGCCUUUUUGCAGCUCUUGUUCUUGCAGAGCUUGGUGCAGAUGUUACAGUGAUAGAAAGAGGUCAACCGGUUGAGAAGAGGGGGCGUGAUAUUGGUGCUCUUGUAGUUCGUCGGAUUUUAGAAUUGGAAAGUAACUUCUGCUUCGGGGAGGGUGGUGCAGGUACCUGGAGUGAUGGGAAGUUGGUAACGAGAAUUGGACGCAAUAGUGGCAGUGUUCUUGCGGUUAUGAGAACGUUAGUGCAGUUUGGAGCUCCAAAACAGAUAUUGAUUGAUGGAAAGCCUCACUUAGGAACAGAUAGGUUGGUUCCCUUACUUCGCAACUUUAGACGACAUCUGCAAGAUUUGGAUGUUGCCAUAAAAUUUGGAACAAGAGUAGAUGAUCUAGUUAUAAACGAUGGACACGUUCUGGGGGUUAUGGCAUCCGAAUCAACUGAUCAAUCACGUUUAAGGAGCCAAAAGAUGGAAUUUGAUGCAGUUAUUCUGGCUGUUGGUCAUUCUGCUCGUGAUAUGUAUCAAACGCUUCUUACUCACAAUGUGGAAUUGGUACCAAAAGAUUUUGCUGUAGGGUUUCGGAUUGAGCAUCCUCAAGAACUAAUAAACAGCAUGCAGUAUUCUGAGUUGGCAUCCGAAGUUUGCCGUGGACGUGGUAAAGUUCCAGUGGCAGAUUACAAAGUUGCCAAUUAUAUUGACAAAGAGGAAUUCUUUGAAUCUUCUGAUUCAGGGGUGGCAAAUCGUAGUUGCUACUCUUUCUGCAUGUGUCCAGGUGGGCAGGUUGUUCUCACCAGUACAAAUCCAUCAGAAAUGUGCAUCAACGGGAUGUCAUUUUCUCGGCGAGCAUCUAGGUGGGCGAAUGCUGCACUUGUGGUGACAGUCACAAUGAAGGAUUUUGAAGCUUUGAAUUAUUAUGGUCCUCUCGCGGGGGUUGAAUUUCAGAGAGAGUUUGAACGAAGAGCUGCUACAAUGGGAGGAGGAAAUUUCACAGUGCCUGUCCAGACAGUUACAGACUUUCUCGAGGAUAAGUUGUCAGUUUGUACACCAGUUACAUCUCUACCCCCAUCAAGUUAUCGUUUAGGCGUGAAAGCAGAAAAUCUCCAUCAGCUAUUUCCUAUUCAUAUAACUGAAGCUUUGAAGCAUUCACUAGCAGCAUUUGACAAGGAGUUACCAGGAUUUAUCUGCAAUGAGGCUCUCCUUCAUGGUGUAGAGACUAGGACCAGUUCCCCAAUCCAGAUUACUCGCGAUAUUAACUCUUAUGAAAGCACUUCCGUAAGAGGACUAUAUCCAGUUGGUGAAGGAGCAGGUUAUGCUGGUGGGAUCAUUAGUGCAGCAGUAGAUGGAAUGCAUGCUGGUUUUGCUGUGGCAAAAAAAUUCAACUUAUUUCAUGGAGAUGUUGAAUCUGUUCUGGGCAAGGCUCAAAAUGUUGGAUUUGUCAAGUACUAAUAGUAAUAUUGUUGGACUUGUACUGUUCUUGCUGUCAGGCACACCAACUUGAAUAUGAGAUCUUCUAACUGUAGAUAGUGGAAGAGGUUCUAUAUCCCAGUUACCCCACAGAAUAUUUGAGGUAGUGCUAUAAUUGCAUUUUUUCUCGUCUCUCCACAGAGUUGUCAGCCUCAGCUUGUCACGGAAGAAACAUUGGUAACAGAUAUGUUACUUGUGCAGCUAACUAGAUUGUAUUCCAGACUGAUGAGUUGAGACAGGAAUGAUCACUUUCAAAAUUCAUUUAUGCUGCUACCUAUUCCACAAAUGACCACACUAGAUGCUUACAUGCUUCCUGGAAGUUGAAACUUACAGCAAGGACCUGUGAACACUGGUAGCUGCAAUUUUGGAUCACAAGCUUGACAAACACAUGUAUGUAGCUACCCAUAAUAUCCUGAAACACAGAAUGUAGGAUUUAACUAAAAUGUAUUUGGGGAUGACAGCAACAUGAAACACUAGUUGUAUGGCAGAGUUUUCAGUAAGGCUACAUACACACUUUUUGAUUGAAAAAACAAAAAUAGUUCAGUAUCAAAUGCUUGAGCAGGUCAUUCCAAUCGAAUUAUGAUUCAAAACUUCUGCAGAUGGAUAUUUAGUUCAGUAUUUACAUCA